AUGUCAGUCGUCACUGCCACUGACGAUGGCGUCCCGGAUCGUGGCCCGGCUGUCUUUGCCGUGACAACGGCAACAUUCGUAUUAGCGAGUGUCAUGGUAGCCGCCCGCCUUUUCUGCAGGCGCUUCAUCGUCAGAAAUGUCAGCUGGGACGACAAGACCAUGUUCCUGGCCUGGCUGAUUGCCUUUGGAUUGUCUUUCACCAUUUGCUUCGGUACCCGUAGAGGACUUGGUCGUUACGAUUCCGACAUUGCUAGGAGCCAUUGGGAUUCAUUGCGAGCGUGCGAAUAUGUCUUUUCAAUACUCUAUAAUCCCGCCCUUAUGGCAACAAAAACCGCCGUCUUGAUCUUUUACUUGCGACUGUCCAAAAACACCCAAAAAGUACUCAGAUUCGCUUCUUGGGUCACUUUAGGCAUCGUCAAUCUCGCUGGCACCGUGCUCACCCUCAUGAACAUUUUUCAAUGUCGACCCGUUCAAGCAGCGUGGGAGGUUGGGCAGGACACCUCCCAAUGCAUCCCACUGCUCACCGAAUUCAUUUGCUCAGCGCCGAUAAAUAUCGUCACCGAUCUGGCCAUCUUGGCCCUCCCGAUACCAGUCUUAACCGGCAUGAGACUGCCUCCUAGGCAGAAAAUUAUCCUCGUCCUUACCUUUACCCUCGGUAUCUUUGUUACUGUCGUGGACGUCGUCCGCAUCUACUACUUACAGCAAGCCGUCACCUCUGUCCCCACCGGCGUAUCGACCGACCCGAACUCCCGCUUUGGCGGCACCCCGAACUUCGCUUGGAACUCGUCUCUGUCUUUCAUGUGGUCAGCUGUGGAAGUGAACGUUGGAAUGUCAUGUGCUUGCAUCCCGACUCUGAAGCCUCUCAUCAUCAAGAUCCUCCCUGCCAUGAUCAUUGACCCCGACGGAACACGUUCGAGCACUCAGACGGAAAAGGACAUCCUGGACAGCCCGAGAAACCGCAACGGCAGCGACGGCCUGAUUUCACCGACAACGAACCCGAACCGUGGCAGUGUUAGUGUCCAGCAGCCACCUGCGGCGGCUCGUGCCAGCCGAGAUUUCGGAGCGUCGUUAAAUCCUACGACUGCAGACACCGAUGGCAAUGGGCUGACCGCGCUCGAGUUUCUCACCACCCCCGAAAUGACGUUGGAACAAUUCGAGGCGUCCAGCGCAGGCAGGCUAGGUGGGAUGAGGACCAGAACUUCUAUGGCGACCAGCAGAGAGAACACCAUCUAUUUUGGCUUCGUCAACAUGAGGCGGCCGAAAAGCAUGGUCAAGUGUGACUCUCAAGAAUCGUUCCGCUACUGCCUCGUGGUUACCAUCUUGUUCCUAAUGUGGGGCAUCUCGUACGGCCUGCUCAACACCCUCAACAACGUCAUUUCGAGCGUCUCACAAAUGUCUGUGGCCCAGACACUUGGUCUUACAACCGCAUACUUUGGCGGCGGUUACUUCUUCGGCCCCUUAGUCGUGGGUGAGUGGAUUUUGAGGCGCGAUGAGCACCACCGCAGAAACCGGAAGAAUAACCGGCACGGGGCCGAGAGCGUCGGGGGCUUCAAGGUGACAUUCAUCGUUGGACUUUGCUUUUAUGGCGUUGGAACCAUUAUCUUCUGGCCAUCUGCCGUCACCAAGUCUUGGGGUGGUUUCUUGCUCAGCAACUUUGUCGUUGGCUUUGGUUUGUCCGUCCUGGAAACAGGUGCAAACGCCUUCCUGAUUCUCUGUGGGCCGCCAGAGUACGGCGAGACACGACUUCUGCUCGCCCAGGGCGUUCAAGGCAUCGGUGCCGUUCUAAGCGGUCUGAUGGCUCAGCGGGUCUUCUUCACAAAGAUCACCAAUCAGGACGGUACCAACGACAACUCCACAACGCUACUCAACGUCCAAUGGACCUACCUUGCCAUCACGCUUUUGUGUGUGGCCCUCGGGCUGUUCUUCUACUACAUGCCCUUACCAGAAUUAAACGAUAACGAACUACAAGAGACAGCCGACCGGCUGCCAGUCAACCCCCAUAAGCGCAGCAUUGGCGGGCUACAACUCCGAACAUGGAGUCUAAUAUUUGCCGUCAUUGCCCAGUGGACUUACGUCGCUUCGCAAGAAUGCAACAACAUAUUUUUUCGUGCCCUGCUCAUUGCCAUCCUUCCGAACCAAGAAGACGCCGGAUCAGCGGCAACGAACGCAGACACAAACCCAGGGGAGAACAGCGACAAACCGCCUGGCCUUGCACUGGGGGUGACGGACUAUCACCUCGUUGCCCACAGCGCAUUUGCCGUAUCGCGAUUCAUCGUCGCAUACCUCACGUACUUGUCCGUUCGAAACCCUCGCAUGCCAAAGCCGAGAACGUGGCUAUCAAUCAGCGUGGGCCUGUCGCUUUUCGCUGCCCUUCUCACGGUUGUACUCAGGCCGGCGGACCCCAACAUGCUGCUGAUCCCGGUUGUUCUGUUCUACUUUGGCGAAGGACCCGUCUGGCCGCUGAUCUUUGCCAUCGGCCUUCGAGGCCAGGGCCGGCGGACGAAGCGGGCAGCCGCUUUCAUCACCAUGGGUGGCUCCGGCGCCGCCUUCUUUCCCUACGUCAUGUACGCCACCAUCAACAACGGCGCCACGGUGCAGCUUGCAUUUGUCCUCAUCGUGGCCCUCUUCGUGCUGACGGCCUUUUACCCAAUCUGGCUCGAGUCCCUCAAGGACGCAAGGGCUAUGACGAAUCCUGAGCACUCGGUCAUUACCGCCGAGGAGCGUCAGGCUCACGAAGACGAGAUCGACAUGAACCGCGAAGUGAGACGGCGCCGAAGAACAAUGUCCACCAUUGCGGCGAAGAGCAAGAGAGGCAGCAUUUUUAGCAAAAUAUCCCCGUUUGGCAGAACCAACGGGGAAAGCGUUACUCCCCCGGCCGUUGAGCAUUCUGAAGAAAAGAACUCCAACAAGUCGUCCGAGGCGAGCAACGAUACACGGUCCCAGACCGUAUGA